CCAAAAGAAGAAAGAAAUUACGUAAGGGUGCUAUAUCUAAAAAAAAAAGUGAUGUACUACUAGGCAGGUCUAGGUUUAUAUAGACUACCAUAGGCAUAAGAGAAAAUGGCAAAUUUAAAGCAAAAAAUAAGGCUAUGAUGUCAAAUUUCACUCAUAAAGAGAAUAACUUUGGCCUCCCUCGCUCUCUCUCUCUUAUUUUUUUUAUGGUUCUCUCUCACCCCUCCUCCAUCAUAAAUCUAGGGCUUUCCAAGGAUCUCUAUCACUCCCCCCUCCCAAAAUCUCGGCUAUUUUUUCUCUCUCCGCUCACAGAGAGAAGAUAGAUUAUACAUAUAGAGAGACAGAUCGAUUCAAAGAGGGUAAAUCUCGAAAUCCAUCUUCUGUUUGUGGUUGAUCCAUAUUCUAUAUAUAGAAAAAGAAGAUUUGGAUAAAGAAUAAAUUAGAAGGAUGGUGAGGGGCAAAACGGAGAUGAAGAGGAUAGAGAACGCAACAAGCAGGCAAGUGACGUUUUCGAAGAGAAGAAAUGGACUCUUGAAGAAAGCCUUCGAAUUAUCUGUUCUUUGUGAUGCUGAAGUUGCUUUGGUCAUCUUCUCUCCAAGAUCCAAACUCUAUGAGUUCUCUAGCUCUAGUAUAGCAAAAACAAUUGAACGCUAUCAGAGACGAAUAAAAGAAAUUGGGAUUAACCAUAAGAGAAAUGAUAAUUCUCAGCAAGCGAGAGACGAAACAUCUGGCUUGACAAAAAAGAUUGAACAGCUAGAGACAUCUAAGCGAAAAUUGCUUGGAGAAGGCAUUGAUGCAUGUUCUAUCGAGGAGCUGCAACAGUUAGAGAAUCAGUUGGACCGAAGCUUGAGCAGGAUCAGAGCCAAGAAGUACCAAUUACUCCGUGAAGAAAUUGAGAAGUUAAAGGAACAGGAAAGGAAUCUCGUUAAGGAAAAUAAAGAACUGAAGGAGAAGUGGCUUGGAAUGGGAGCACCAACAAUAGCAUCAUCACAAUCAACGUUAUCAUCAUCAGAAGUGAACAUAGAUGACAAUAUGGAAGUGGAGACUGGUUUGUUCAUUGGACCUCCUGACACAAGACAAUUCAUGAAAAUUUCUCCUCAAAAUUAAUCUCACAACUUCUUCAAAAAGAAUGUUUAACUAUAUCAUGUAUGCACUCUUUGUCUUUAUAUAUUUUCGUCCAAAAAUCUGAGAUGUAAUAUUUAAUAUGUUCUUAAUCAAGGAGUUAAACUUAAAAUUUUACCUGUAAAUUACGUUUCUAUCACUUCUAUAUUUCACGUUUCUAUCACUUCUAUA